ACCAGUGCAGGGUUUCUGGCCCUAAACUCCUCAGCCUCAGUAAUGGCUCUCACAACAAAUCCAAUGGAUGAAACACUCCGUGGAAAUAUCUACAUCAGAAUCCUGAUCACAAACUUGAUGGUCAUCAUCUUUGGACUGAUUGGGCUGACAGGAAACGCCAUUGUGUUCUGGCUCCUGGGCUUCCGCUUGCGCAGGAAUGCCUUCUCAGUCUACAUCCUAAACUUGGCCAUGGCUGACUUCCUCUUCCUCCUCUGUCACAUCAUAGCUUCCACAAUGUUUCUUCUAGAUUUUUCCGCCCACAACAAUAUCUUUUUCAAGUGCUUUAACACCUUCAGGGUGGUUCUCUACAUUGCAGGCCUAAGCAAGCUCGGUGCCAUCAGCACUGAGCGCUGCCUGUCUGUCCUGUGCCCCAUCUGGUAUCGAUGCCGCCGCCCAGAACACACAUCAACUAUCAUGUGUACUGUGAUCUGGGUCCUGUCCCUGUUAAUCUGCAUUCUGAAUAGUUAUUUCUGCGGUUUCUUAAAUACCAAAUAUAAAAAUGACAAUGUGUGUCUGGCAUCAAACUCCUUUACUGUCGCAUACCUGAUGUUUCUGUUUGUGGUCCUCUGUCUAUCCAGCCUGGCUCUGCUGUCCAGGUUGUUCUGUCGCACUGGGCAGAUGAAGUUUACCAGAUUGUAUGUGACCAUAAUGCUGACUAUUUUAGUUUUUCUCCUCUGUGGGUUGCCCUAUGGCAUCCACAGCUUUCUGUUAUUGACGAUUAUGUAUGAUUUUCCUGUAUUUGAUUAUGAUCUUUAUCUGGCAUCAAUUGUCCUGACUACUGUUAACAGCUGUGCCAACCCCAUCAUUUACUUCUUUGUGGGCUCCUUCAGGCAUCGGUUGAAGCAUCAGACACUCAAAAUGGUUCUCCAGAGGGCACUGCAGGACACUCCUGAGACAGCAGAUAACAUGGUGGAGAUGUCCAGAAGCAAAGCAGAGCUGUGA